AUGGACGAAGAUGUGGAAUGGUUCUUGUCGUUGCAAAAAUUGGGAUUUUCCAACGAACAAAUUGUGGACAUGUGGAAGGAAAAGAAUAAAGAAGCAAUUAGCGAAAAUCAAAACAAACAAAAGAAACGAAAAAUUGAAUUAUGUUUGCACAGUUGUGAGGAAGAACAAAUUGGACACAAAUUUAAUUUUCUGAGUGAUGAAGCAAUCGGAGUGGUGUUUGCGUUUGUGAAUGAGAAUUUCUGUGCAUUCCGAUUAAUGUUGGUGAGUAAACAGUUCGAAAGAGUGGUUGUUUCGUCCAUUAAAAUAUUAAAUCUCAAUAAGAAGGCAAUUCCCAAGAUUCCCCAAUUGAUAAAUUCAAAUUUGUGUGAGCCAAUUGAGAGAUUAAUUGUCCACACAGAAUUGGAACAUUCAUUACUGCAACAAUUAGUUCACAAAUGUGUAAAUAUCAAACAUUUAACUGCAUCUAUUCGAAAGCCACCAUUUAACAUUUCAUUUACGAGUCCAACCAUUCAGGAAAUUAACAUAAUAGAUGUGCGAGAAACCAAACCAAAGGUACAUUUCGCAAGUGAGAAUCUGGAAUAUUAUCCACAACCACAGAUACCAAAUCCACAACCUAAACCAUUGAUUCGAACAGAUUUAUCAGAAUCUAAGAUUUUAUUGAUAAAAAAGUUUGUGGAUAAUACAAUUUUGAAGGAUUGCAAUCUUGCAAAUGAGGAAAACAAAGCUAGAAUUCUCAGAUGCAUGAUGACCAUACCAAAUGAGCUAGACGAAACAGAAGAAACAUUUCUAAUUCAUGAGGAAAGAGUUGGAAAUGAACUGCAUCAAAUUUACUUUAAUUUCAAAUAUAGCAAUUGCAAAUGGACUAAAAUUUUACAGAAAGAACACAUGAUUUAA